AUGUCGUUUUUGGGAAAGAAAUUUAGGCGAUCACAUUGUGAAAAUAUAAACGAGUUGGUGAAAGCUGCCAACACACAUGACGUCAUACAAGCGUUCAAGACUUUUGCGCCGACAAUCUGCUUCACCAGGGUAGAUAAGAAUACCUUUCAUAUGGACCUACAAGUGGCCAGCAAGCACGUGGGUCACACCUUCAAGCUUGGUGAGGAACAGGAGAUGGAGAGAAAAGACGGAUCUAUG